UUGAUCCGCCAAGGCUGUUGGUGUGGUGCGGCGCACCUACCAUACAACUUCUUCCUGACGGAAACUAAGAAGAGUAAAAGUGUACUACGUACACUUCACUCCAUCAUCAUCGGAUUUUUAUGAAUAAGAAACGCGAAGAAAAUAAACAUCGGUGCUGGGAAGGAGCCAACGAACGGUUUAUGAGUAUCUCGAAAGGGGAGUCAGUUAUUAGACUGAUUCAAGAGCAACUGAUGAUUAAAUGUUAUGCCAUCAAUUCAAAAACAUAUUUUUCCAGAAGAAUUACUUUAAAAAGUGCCACCACUUUGUUUCAUGCCGUGCUGAAAGAGCAGAAGAAUGACGAAAUUGAAAAAAUGCAAGCGAAAUGAACAAAAUAAGCGUUAGUGGAAAUACGACGGAAAUAAGUAACAGCGCAGUGAAAUAGUUAAUGAUUGAAACAACGGGAAACAUUGUAGAAGACAACGCCCUUCCAAAGAUCGACACCAAAAAUGGAUAAAAUCAAUCGACGCCGAAUGGAGCAAAUAAUCGUUAUAUUCUGGAUCAUUCUCACUGUUAUCGAUGCUGUUAAGGUAUCAUUUUACGGCGCUAGCCAUAUAGCUAUGCCUCUGCAAGAAGCCAAAAUAUCUACAAACAUUCGGUUACGAUUUCGAUCGCGGCAAGAGAAUGCCCUGAUUUUACUGACGGCUGGACGAACAGAUUACUCACUGCUGAGCAUCGACGGAGGACGAAUACGAUUCAGCUUUAAGAUUGAUGAUUACCACACAGAUCUGUGGUCACCGGUUGCGCUAAAGUUCAACGAUCUGCAGUGGCACGACAUUUCGAUAUCAAGAUAUGCAGCGAACUUGACCAUGCAGAUAGAUGAAUACUUCACUACGAAAACCCUGCCGGAUAAUGUGACAGAGCUGAACGUGCACUUUGGUGUAUUCAUCGGGGGCGUUGGAGAAUAUUCUGCUGCAUAUUUGGGUACUUCGGAAAACUUCAGAGGAUGUAUAGCUGAUAUCUUCUACAACAACAUCAACAUCUUUAAGCGAGCCAGGGAGCGCACCGGUCACGUGACAAACGAGCGGGUCUCGUGGAUAUGUGCACCGGAGUUCGACGCAGAUGUUGCCACUCCGAUUAGCUUCCUGGACGACGAAAGUUACGUGAUACUGCAGAAGUCGACAUCGCGAUCCGGUGAUCGCUGGAGUAUGGAAUUUCGAACGAACGAACCAUACGGAAUGCUGCUGAGCAACAUUCCUACGAGUGCAAGGUACGAUUUUAUGGCACUGGAGAUCGUGGAGAGCCAGGUACGGUUGCUGGUCGGAAAAGGAUCAAACGCGGUGGAACUGAUUCCCGAUCGUAAUGUAUCGGAUGGCAAGUGGCAUAAUAUUUCUGUGACGUACAGUCCGAUGCUUGUGGAUAUAACUGUAGAUGAAGUGACAAAUAGCGCAACAUUUGCCAACGGGAGCAGCCAAAUAAUCGAACUAGAAGAGGAGUUCUACAUCGGGGGCUAUGAUCAUCGUAAAAAGCGUAAGGCUUUCAUGAAAGGAGCACGCGCGACAGAAUCCAGCUUGAAAGGAUGCAUUCGGGACAUAGUGCUGGAUGAUAACACCGUUGGGUUUCCAAAUUUCAAGGUUACGCAUGGUGUGACUGUGGACUGUGUUUGGAGAUAUCCUUGCAUCGAAAAACAACCGUGCAUUUCUUCCGGACAAUGCCAUCACCAGGGCAUAAAUGAUUUCAUUUGCUAUUGUGAUCAAGCUUUCUGUAUCAAAGCGGACUACUCAGAUAGCUAUAAGAUAUUUUCCCGAUCGGAUCUAGUGAUCGAAAAGGAACUGAUGUUGAUAAGUCCGUUAGAAGUUUUGGAAGGUGGGAUCACAUUUCUUUCUCCAAAGCAUAUUGAAGUCCUAUUUGAUUAUACGAAAUUAGGUGUUCAGGAAGCUGGCGUCAUAUUUCACGUGAUACAGCCUCCGAAGCAUGGCAAAAUUACUAUUCACUCGUACGGAGCGGAGGGUAACUCAACAGCCACACAGAUGAAAUAUUUCUCGCAUAUUGAUCUUACCACAGAUAAGGUCAAGUAUACUCACAACGGAGCGGAGAACUCCAAUGAUCAUAUGACUAUUGACAUGCACCUUGUGCCAUCCACGCGUCAUAUUCUUCCAAGCUACCUCGAAGGGAAACAUCGCUUCGUAUUGCACGUUAAUGUUACUCCAGUCAAUGAUCCACCUGUUCUAAAGCUUCCUCAGAGUAAACUUCUUCGCGUGACCCAAGGCAUCCCUAAAGUAAUCGGUCCAGAUUUCCUGCAAGCAGAAGAUUUCGAUAGCCCCCCAGACUCACUGAUUUACACUGUUCUGAUGAAUCCCACCUCGGAGGACCAACAGGGUCGAAUAGAGUUGGGAGGAAGAGCUGUGGCCACCUUCUCCCAAUCGGAUGUUAAUGCUGGAUUGGUCACCUACCUGAUUAAUGGCAAAGGUUCGGAUGACUACUUGGAGUUAAACGUUCAAGUUUCCGAUGGUAUGGAAACAAGUCCAGCCAGUUCUGUUCGGGUUUCGGUGCUACCACUGCAGCUGAGGAUGAUGAACAAUACCGGUUUGGUGCUGAUCCACAAGUCGUCAGCAUUGAUCACGCCGUUCAAUUUAUCAUUCGUUCCAAACUCGGAUGAUGAGAACGUUGAUAUGAGGUAUGAUGUUAUCCAAGCUCCUGCUUAUGGUAGUCUUCAAAAACUGCGAUCAGUGGAUUCGUCAUGGAUAUCAAUUGACUCGUUCAAUAGUAAUCAGCUACUACUCGGACAAAUACGAUAUUUGCAUUCUUCAGACCUACCACUGCAUGAUGAGUUCAAGUUCACGGUAACACUUGGGCCGAUAACGACUCCCACGUACGACUUCCGGAUCUCCUUUACUAAACUUCGGAUCGGAACCAUCCGUCAGAACAAUAUGUACAUCAACACCAAAGAUAACGUCAUCCGUGUGGACUACCUUUUCCAUCAAACGACUCCGAUUUUAACAUUUGCUCGAAACAUCAUUUAUACCGUUGUGAAACCCCCAAAGUUUGGCAUAAUCUACGUAGAUGGACAUCCAGAGUACGCCAAGCCAGGUGAUUCCUUCACGCAGCAGGAAGUCGAGAAGAACCUCAUCAAAUACCGAACGUACCGGUCGUCGUACGGAAACUUUAUCGACACAUUCGAAUUCAUCGUUUCCGUGCCAGAAUGUGACGACGUCCAGGGCAAGAUUGACUUCAUCUACAGUCCACCCGACUAUCUGGCAAAGCAGAUCAUCUACCAAAAGCGGGAGAAAGUUUACGUACACGAAGGAAACAAGACCGCUCUAUCGCGGACUAAUUUCGAAGUGCUGUUUAACAAGUUCAACUCUUUAACUUUCAAUUUGACGCACUAUCCAAAGCACGGUUCACUCUGUAAGGUCAACCCUAGAACGUUCGAAUCCAAAGAAAUUUCGUCGUUUACUCUGCAAUACUUGUAUUUGGGAGACAUCCACUACUGCCAUGAUGAUUCGGAGUCCACCGAGGAUAGCUUUCGAUUAUUGAUUCUGUCCGAUAAUGAGACGGAUUUUCAGUUUGUUUGCGAGAUUCAGGUGGAGAUCACGUUGCUGAACGAUAACGGGCCAUACCGUGUGUUCGAUAAGGUGUUCCACAUUGUGAGAGACGAGACGAAACUGUUGACGUCUGGUGAUUUGAAGUACGCUGAUCCGGAUAUUGCGACAAGAAACCUGGAUUUGGAGUAUCGGUCGGUGACUUGUAACAACGGAGAUGUGUUGAGGAAUGGAAAGUAUGUAGACUUCUUUACUCAGGAAGAUCUAGACAGUCGUCGAUUGUUGUUUCAGCAUAACGGAACCGAUCAAGGACGAUUGUCUUUUAUAGUGACGGAUGGGUUAUAUGAAGUUCCAGGAUCCUUGGAGAUCGAAGCUUCUGACCCAUUCCUGAAGAUACGAGAGAGUAAUGCUUCCAUCGUCCAGGAAGGACGAGCUGUGUUGUUAACGUUGAGUGACUUGAGUGUAGAUACGAAUUUGAACGCUAAGUCAGAAGAGAUCGAGUACAGAGUGUUGAACGAACCAAGUAAUGGGUUGCUGAAGCUGUUCAGUAGCAAGUUUAAUGCGACACAGUUACACAAGUUAAGUAACGCAACAACAACGAUGAACUUCACACAAGCGGACCUAAUUGGGGAACGGUUAGUCUAUUGGAACAGAGAUGUGGCUUCCAUGGAUAAGGUCAAAUAUCGUGUGACGACUAAGGGAGUAUGGGCAGAGGGUGAGAUCAUGGUUCGAAUCUAUCCUCCUGCCUACUGGGAACCGCUGAGAAUUCGACGGAAUCAAUCUUUGUUUGUCGAGGAGUCAACUAGCGUUAUUAUUUCCAGAGAUAUCUUGGAGAUCGUACAUCCUAACAUCUCGCCCGGGGACAUCACAUACCUGGUAACAACACAACCUCAGCAUGGUUAUUUAGAGAUACAAUCGAUUACUUCGGAUGACGAAUACAACUCCAAAGUGUUUGACCAAUCUACGAUCAACUCGGAAAAGAUGUUUUACAUCCAGGCCGGCGUAAAUCAGUCUUCAGAUUACUUCACCUUUGAUGUGACGAAUGGAAUCACUUGGCUUCGAGACUUGAUCAUGCGGAUCGUCAUUAUCCCGGAACAUUUGUACAUGCGGACAAAUGUCAUUGUUGUGGAAGAAGGUAAAAACGUUAAAAUACAUCCCACAGACAUGGUUCCAUACUCCGAAUAUUACAAUGGAAAAAUAUUGGAAUAUAAGAUUCUGGAACAUCCUUUACAUGGAAGCAUUAAAUCGGGGAAGUCAUCAAAGGUCAACAGAUUCACACAAAAACAGUUGGAGGCAGAAGUGAUAACUUACGUACAUAAUGGAAGCGAGAAUUCGACGGACACAAUCCGGUUGGUGGCCUUGGGCAGGAAUAAAGAAAGCGUUCCAUUCAAUCUUCAAAUUCAAAUUCUGCCGAUCAACGACGAAGUUCCACAGGUGGUAACGAAUACUGGGAUGCACAUGUGGAUCGGUGGAAAGAGCAUGAUUCAGAGUACGGAUUUACUGGUUCAAGACUACGAUACCUCUCCAGAGAAUCUCACCUUUCACAUCCAGCAAAUGACUGGAGGCUACGUGGCGUUGAAGGACUCUUAUAGCAGAAAGCUUCACAGUUUUACUCAACAGGACAUCAACCACAAUUUAGUUUAUUUCAUUCAUGACAGCAGUAACCAAAACGGCAAGAUUGUAUUCUUUGUUAGUGAUGGCCUUCAUAACACUACGGAUCAUGUCUUGCACAUCGUUACGAAUCCCGUUGCAUUGGAGGUAAUCAAGAACGAGAUCCUCCACGUGUUUCCGUUGACAAGAAAACAAAUUCUACCAGAGCAACUGUUUUACAAAUGUUCCGACGAUGAUCGAGACGUGAAGUAUGUAGUCACUAUUCCACCACAGACGGGAAAGCUGAUAUUCGAACAUGCGGAGUACGGUUACAUGAACGAAAUCACUGAGUUUACGCAACAUGAUGUAGAGAACGGACGAAUUUUCUACGAGCAUACGCAUCACAUGGUGGAAUUAAAAACAAAUGAUUCGUUCUACUUUGAUGUGACUGCUCCACUCUCUAGUAGUUUGGUAGACCAAAUCUUCAACAUUGACGUAUCUGUAUCCUCUGGAGGAUUACUGAGGUUCCUCCCAGUUCCCAGAAUAAAUCUGGACGAAGGAGAUUCUGGACCAAUCAAGCUUGAUCUUUCCAAAGUAUUGGAGUAUCUGGAAACCAGAGCAGGAAUUCAAAACCCAGAACUGUUCAUCGAUGUUCAUCCGCCGGCUCAUGGAACUGUAGAACUUGAUCACUCCCUUACGGCUGUUAGCCGAUUCUCUCUCAAUGACUUUUACGAAAACAAGGUCUACUACAAACAUGAUCAUUCGGAUACGGUGGAAGACAAGAUCGCAUUGGCUGUGUACUUGGUUCCGGGAAAUUUGUUUCUGUGCAACAUAACCAUUCCGGUGACGAUCAAUCCUGUCAACGAUCAGCCAUUCCAGUUAUUGACAGCUUCACCACACAUUUCAGUAAUCGAAGGUGAGAAUCAGACCAUAACUUCGUCUCAGUUGCUAACUGAAGAUGCGGAUACGAAUCCUAAGGAUAUCAUCUAUGACGUGAUCAGUGGACCCAAUCUCGGAGUUUUGCUUAAGAUAUCUGAUGAAGGAUACCCACAAGAUAUUAUUACUUAUGGAAACCAGUUUACUCAAGCGGAUAUCAACGAAAAUAGAAUCAUUUAUACGCAUUCCGGUAAUCCGCAAUCAACGACGUUCUAUUUCAAGGUAUCUGAUGGAAAAUUCAAACCAGCUUACGAAAUAUUCAACAUAAAGGUCCUUCCUAUUACGAUCCUGCCCGGAUACAGUAAUCAACCAAUCAUGGUUCAGCAGGGCACCAACCUUGGAGUACUGGAGACGAAGCAUGUGUCUGUGGAGACUAACGUUCAGAAGAGUAGGAUCGUUUACAAUGUGACCAAGAAUCCAAUGGGAGGGAUCAUAAUAUCCAACAAUAAGCCAGUCCUGAAGUUCACCCAACGUCAAUUAGAUGAUGGGAAAAUCAACUACAUGCAGACGGACAUGACGCGAUCAAAUGACAGUUUUCAGUUGGACGCGUUCAUCCCGGACACCACUUCAUCUUGUAUAAUCGAUGUUAGCAUGAUUGUGCAACCGUUUAUUAUCAUUAACCCUAUAACCAUCACUCCUGGCGAACGAAUUAGGCUAAGUUCGACCUUUAUUUUCGACAAUCCGGCCCAAUUGAAGCUGAAUCGUUAUAACCCCAAGCUUACGAUUACUCGCAGACCCAAGUAUGGUCGCUUGAGAAAGAUUGUUCGUAGUUCUGGGCUUGAUUAUAUUGAGCAACCGAGUGAUAAAGACAUUACUACGUUUACUUAUAAAGAACUAAAAAGUGGAGUAAUUUAUUACGUAGCGAGGAAAUUUAGCCAAGACUUCCAGUCGAUAAAUGAUAAUUUCGAGUAUGUUCUAUCGACUAAGACUGCUCAGCCAGGUCAAGGUACCGUCCCAAUAGAGAUUUACUCCCCUUCUCGUGGCUCUCAGGGUAGCAACGAUGUCGACAUUGUUACGGCCGACAGUGGCCUUCCGCUAGAAUACCUAAUUGCUGCUUGUGCUGCUGCCGCGAUCAUCGUCAUCCUUAUUAUGACCAUUAUUCUACUUAAGUGUCGAUCCAACAGUUCCCACAAAGAUCAUCCGGAUAAAGAUCAUCCUCCAUCACUACCUCGGCCUCCGGAUUUCAUGACCCUAAACAAUCGAAUGUACACCCCGUCCGAGAACGAAUCCCUUCCAGUAACCUCAGCUUCUACUCCACUCCCCAUCAUCAGCAGCAUUCCGCACUGUAAAGUCAUCCCCAUCGGGUUAGAUAAUUCACUGCAGCUGGACUCGGAACCCGAGGAUGACAUGUUGGACAUACACGGAGAUCUCCUGCAAAACCCAAACAACCUGAACUACCCAUACGGUGACGAAGGCGACGAGUGGAGCUCAUCCUGUGAAGUAGGCCCAGAUGUGAACUACUCCACCAUAGCCCAGUCACAUCAUCAGCAACAAGCCCAACAACAACAGCAACUUUUGCCGUCACAACAACCGCAGUCACAAACCCUACAACAGCCGAAGGCGAACCCACUGCUCCGAAGGAAUCAGUAUUGGGUGUAGGACAGUCUGCUUCUUUCGUUUCUAGAUACUUAAUCAAAUGCGAACCUUUGUACAGUUUUGUGUGAUGCAGUACUUUGAUUUUUAAUGGCUUAUGAUUAACUUAAACUUUGAACUAUGAUUUCACAAACUUACUUGCUAAUGGUAUCAAUACUUAAGUCAGAAUGUCUUAUUUCAAUUUUAUGAUUCUUUAUGAUUUAGAUUUGUUUUUAAAAUAGGUAGCCAAUAUCUACAACUGGAAGCUCGAAUAAAAUUGCCAUGCAAUUUACGCGUAAGACUUAACUAUAACGAAAUUGUCGAAUCUCACAAAUAAGUGCCAUCUUCAUGUGUGAUGAAUGAUAUAGCCGAAUACACGUGUCCAAAUCGAAUUUAAUUGGAA